AUGGCGCCCAUCCCAAUCACAAUCGUCACGGGCUUCCUCGGCUCCGGCAAGACCACCCUCCUCCUCAACCUCAUCCCGCAACUCCCGCCGACAUACCGACUCGCGCUGCUCAAGAACGAAUUCGGCGAUGUAGCGAUCGACUCGCAGCUCGCAUCGACACAAUCGAUCUCCGGCGUGCGCGAGCUGCUCAACGGAUGCAUCUGCUGUAACCUGGUGGGCCAGCUGAGCGACGCGCUGAACCAGCUGCGCGACGAGGUGCAGCCGGACCGGAUCGUCAUCGAGACGAGCGGGAGCGCAUUCCCCGCCACCCUGGCGAUGGAGGUGAACCGGCUGGAGCGUGAGCAGCCGGGGACGUUUGCGCUGGACGGGGUGAUCAGCGUGAUCGAUGUGGAGAACUGGGAGGGCUACGAGGAUACGUCGUACACGGCCAAGCUGCAGGCCAAAUACACCGACUUGAUCAUCUUCAACAAGUGGGAGAAUGUGUCGGAGCGGCGGUUUGACGACUGUCUGGACCGGGUCGGCGAUCUGGAGGUGCAGACGCCGUGGGUCAAGUCGGACAAGGGCCGCGUCGAUAAGGACGUCCUGCUGGGGAUAGACGGCGCGUUGUUCGCCAAGGUGGUUGAUGGCCAUCGGGAAGAGGAGGCGCUCGGACAACAUCACCAUGACCAUGACCAUGGCGAUGGACACGCCCAUCAUCAGUCGGAGGUCGAGGUGCUCUCGGUCACGCUGAAGACGGCCCGCCCGGACCAGACCGUCAAUGUAUCUUCCCUGGAGCAGCUGCUCCAGUCGGCGUCGAAGGAGGAAGUCUACCGGAUCAAGGGCAUUCUGCGCUUCUCGACGCAGUCGCCGCCCGCUACGUCGUCGGAUAACAUGGACGAUCGCACCGUGGCCACCGACGCGGCUACCAAACACUACAUUCUUAACUGGGCCUUCGAGCGCUGGACCUGCACGCCCUCCGAUGUCGUUGCGGAGUCGGCAGAUCCGAAGAUUGUGGCCCGUCUGACCUUCAUCCUGGCGCGGUACGAGUCGGCAAAGUGGAAGAAGAAGCUCGAAGCCGGGGGACUGGUGGAGGUAGCGGAGUCGAGCGAGGGUGCGGAGCUGGUCGUUGAGCGACUGGUUUAG